GCCGCCACCACAGCUCCUCCUCCAUUUCCAUCUCAGUCAGCUCCAAGAUGUCCGGCCGCGGCAAGGGCGGGAAGGGGCUCGGCAAGGGCGGCGCCAAGCGCCACCGGAAGGUGCUCCGGGACAACAUCCAGGGCAUCACCAAGCCGGCGAUCCGUCGUCUGGCGCGGCGGGGCGGCGUGAAGCGCAUCUCGGGGCUGAUCUACGAGGAGACCCGCGGCGUGCUCAAGAUCUUCCUGGAGAACGUCAUCCGCGACGCCGUCACCUACACCGAGCACGCCCGCCGCAAGACCGUUACCGCCAUGGACGUCGUCUACGCCCUCAAGCGCCAGGGACGCACCCUCUACGGAUUCGGCGGCUAGGCCGCGCUGGUCCAAGCCAGGAGGAUCCGUCUUGCACCACCGGAUUAGUGCUAGUAGCUAUGCGUUGUCUGGUGGUGGUGUUCAUGUCCUCGGUGUAAUGGCUGCAUCUCGCUGCUGUUCGCGCUGGACUUGUUUGUUGUUUGGG